AUCUCUCUCUCCUUUUUUUUUUCUUUUUUUUCACCCUCUUCCUUCGUUCGCCCACCGUUUCUCCUCUGUAUAUUAUUAUAAAACAAUAUAAAUAAACAAAUAAAAAAUAAUUACCCUUCAUUAUCUCUUCUUUAGGGUUCCUCUCUCUCUCUUCUAUAUUUUUUGCAACAAAAUUUUGAUUUGCGAAACGAAAGAAAUCCUUCAAAAAAGAAGCUAUUUCCUUAACCAUGAAAUACUGUUCAGAUCUUCUCUCCACCAAACCUUAUUUCAUUGCAAAAGGGUUUCUGCUUUUUAAACCCUUUUUUGCCCUUUCUCUUUUUUUUUUUUUUAUAAUUUUUUUAGAAUUCAGAUUUUAGAUUUUUAAAGAAACCAUUGGAUUGAAGAUUCAGUUAAUUAUUAGGGGUUUUGUUUUGGUUUUUCCAUAUCGAGUACUAAUUUGAAGUGUAGAUAAAAUGGAUACUUCUGAGGAUCUUAUGCAAUUCGGUGAUACUUCUACAGGAGUUGCAGUAUUUGAUGCAUCACAAUAUGCAUUUUUUGGAAAAGAUGUUCUCGAGGAAGUUGAAUUGGGGGGAUUAGAUGAUGAGGAGGAUUUACCUGCAGUCGAACUUGAUGAGGAGGAGUCUUUGUUUGAUCAAGAGGGUGAAGUAUUGAGAUCCUUAUCAGACAUUGAUGAUCUUGCUAGAACAUUUUCAAAGUUGAACACAGCUGUUAGUGGACCAAGAGGCACAGGGAUAAUUGGUGAUAGGGGAUCCAGAGAAAGUUCGUCUGUUACCGAGUGGGCCCAGGGGGAGGAAUUUCCUUACUGGCUUGAUCAGCAGGCUCUUGAAACUGAUAGUAUUCCUGAAGGCAAACGCUGGUCAUCACAACCGUCGCCCAAUUUGGACUCAAAGCAUCUUUACAGGACAUCCUCGUACCCUGAGCAGCAGCAGCUGCUGCAACAACAUCAGCACCAUCAACAUUUCUCUAGUGAACCAAUUCUAGUUCCAAAAUCCUCUUACACUUCAUACCCUCCCCCUGGUGGCAGAUCUCCUCAAGCUUCACCAAACCAACAUUCUGGUCACCUGAAUAUUCCAUAUAUGGUUGGUGGAUCACAGAUGAUAACUUCGCCAAAUAUCUCAGCCUUCUCUAAUUCUCAGCUUCAAAUGACAGGUUUACAUCAUGGGUCACACUAUGGUGGGAAUAUGCCUCAGUUCGCUCCUGGUCUGUCUGUCGAUAGUCAGCCAUCUAAUCAAUGGGGGAGCCAGCCAAAAUUAUACGGUGGAGAUAAUUCCUGUGUUUUGAACAAUAUAUUGCAACAACAAUUAUCUCAUCAAAAUGGUUUAAUUCCGCCACAAUUAAUGCCACAGCUGCAGGUGCAUCCACAGAGACUGCAGCAUCCUGUUCAGCCAUCAUUUAGCCAUUUGUCAGGGAUUCAGUCGCAGCCAUUUAAUCCGCAUCUUGCUCUGUCCCCACCUCUAAUGAACAAGUUUGAAGCUAUACUUGGUAUUGGUGAUCUGAGAGAUCAAAGACCGAAAUCAGCUCAGAAAGGUAGGGUGAAUCCACGAUUUUAUCAGCAGGGCUUUGAUAGCAGUGGUUUGAAGAAUGAUAUUGGAUGGCCUCAAUUUAGAUCCAAAUUCAUGUCGACUGAUGAGAUUGAGGGCAUUCUUAGAAUGCAGAUUGCUGCAACUCACAGUAACGACCCUUAUGUGGAUGAUUAUUACCACCAGGCUUGUCUUGCAAGAAAAUCUGCCGGAGCAAAGUUGAGACAUCAUUUUUGCCCAACUCAUCUUAGGGAUCGACCUCCCCGAGCAUGUGCAAAUACUGAGCCACAUGCUUUUCUCCAGGUUGAUGCACUUGGGAGGUUCCCUUUCUCUUCAAUUCGCAGGCCUCGUCCUCUUCUUGAAGUUGACCCUCCAAAUUCAUCUGGUGUCACCAACUAUGAUCAGAAAGCUUCUGAUAUGCCCCUGGAACAAGAACCAAUGCUUGCCACUAGAGUUACAAUAGAGGAUGGUCUAUGCCUUCUCCUUGAUGUAGAUGAUAUUGAUCGAUUUUUACAGUUUAAUCAGUUGCAAGAUGGAGGAGCACAACUGAGACAAAGACGACAGGUUUUGUUGGAAGGGCUAGCUGCAUCACUUCAAUUGGUUGACCCACUUGGCAAGAAUGGCCUCACAGAUGAGUUUGCUCAAAAGGAUGAUCUUGUGUUUUUACGGAUGGUUUCCCUUCCUAAAGGACGGAAGCUACUUGCAAGGUACCUUCAACUUCUUUUUCCAGGUGGUGAGCUUAUGCGAGUUGUCUGCAUGGCUGUUUUCCGUCAUUUAAGGUUCUUGUUUGGAAGCCUUCCCUCUGAUCCAGGAGCAGCAGAAACUACUAAUAACCUUGCAAGGGUUGUGUCCUCAUGUGUUUAUGGCAUGGAUCUUCGUGCACUUAGCAUCUGUCUUGCAGCUGUGGUUUGUUCCUCAGAGCAGCCACCUCUUCGUCCUCUUGGAAGUCCUGCUGGAGAUGGAGCAUCUUUUAUUCUGAAGUCUGUUCUUGAUAGGGCAACAAAACUUAUGGUUGAUUUUAGAGCUGCUGGCAAUUACAAUAUGACCAAUCAGUCCCUUUGGAAGGCUUCAUUUGAUGAGUUUUUUAACCUUCUUAGCAAGUAUUGCAUAAACAAAUAUGAUACCGUGAUGCAGUCCUUGCAUAUGCAGGUCAAACCAAAUAUGGUGAUAGAUGAAUCAGAUGCUACCAAAGCAAUUAAAACAGAAAUGCCAGUUGAUCUGCUACAUGCGUGUUUACCCCACAUUAAUGACCAGCAGAAAAAGCUGAUAUUGGAUCUCUCUCAGCAGUCUAUGCUUGUAGGACGGUCAUGAUAAAGAAGUGGUACUAGGAGAAGUUCAGAUUUGCAGAUGUAAGGAUAGCUACGUUGAAGUACAAUAUGAAGCAAGUGAUGCCAUAUGCUCAAAGGAUUGCAAUUAGCUAUACCAUUUCACACGAAUGGCUAUGAUGGAGCACCCACAAUGGUUCAGGUGAAGCUCCAAGGACAUUUAAAGGUCAAUUCAGCCCCUUUCAGAUUUUAGUUUUACUAGUUGAUGUGUUUUUAUCAUUAAUAACAUGCUGCUUUUUUGAGCCAAACAUUUAAGUGGGCCUACGAUGAUCGAACCAUGGUGGGAUAUUUUUCUUUCCUUGGGUCCUUUCCGUGCAUUAGUGGUGCUUAUUUUGAUGCACUGUCGUGAAAUUUCUGGUAUGGAGAUGAAGUGGAUUAAUAUGUACAGGGUUCAGCAUGAACACUUCUUCUGGCUAUCCGACUAUUAUUUUCCAAGGAGGUGGGAUGGAUCAUAUCUUGGUCUCUGUUGGAAUAGUCACUGCUUGUAGCUUUCAGGGAGGUGUGAUAGUGUUGCCUUCAUAUCUGAGCUUUAAUAUUGGUAAAGUUGUUGCUUCUGAUUGAACGUUUCCUUCUUCGGCGAAUAUAUUGUUGUAAUAUCUAUUUCUUUGUUUUUAUAUCAAAGAAAGACUGUUCAUGUCUUAA